UUACCAGCCCCCAUGGCCCGGACUAACCAAACCCAUCUCUCUCUCUCUUUCUAUCUGGUUUUUUGACUGUACUCCCUCUGUGCGCUAUAAAGAACUGAAAUGUAUCUUUCUUUCCAGAUUCUCUCUGCAAAUUCUGAGCUUAUAUGCUUCCUUCUGUGAAGGUGUUUCUUGAGAAUCCUCAAAUAUUCUUUUAAAACCCUUUUUGCUCUCUUCCUUUCUAGAUUAAUAACCUCUCCGAUCUUUUUCUUCUUGCCUUUAUAGCCACUUUUAUUUUUGUUUUCUCUCGCCUUGGCUUCUUGUGCAGCAAAACCUUCCACCCCAAAGCCAACAUGGAUGAGUGGAAAUGGAGUGGUCAAAUUCCAGCAUUUGGAGACUGGGAGCACGCAAAUGAGAUGCCAAUAACACAGUAUUUCGAGUGUGCAAGACAAGCGGGCUUGAUUCGAUACACUUCCUCUGGAGAAUGUGAUCAAUACAUGCGUGGUGACUUAUAUGCUACCGAUUUCAAGAAACCUUCUCGUGAACUUGGUCCUCCAAGAAAGACAAGGCUGAGAGAGAGGAAAGUCCCACAUGGCAAGGAGCAGAAGAAACAAGGCAAAGUUUGUGACGUGACAGAACCGCCAAGGAAACAACAGCAGCAGCACCAGAAACCCAUCUCUGUGUACAAUGUGUCAGAAAAGAAAAAUGGAGUCUCAGUUCAUCCACGUCCUAAAUUGCCUGUUAGACCUCCUAAGCCAGUCGAUGAAGAUCUCUACAAAAUCCCUCCUGAGCUCCUCCGCUCUUCCAAGCGGAAGAAGAAGGUGACAGGGUUCCUUUCAUGCCUUGUGCCUGGCUGUGCUUCGUAAAUUAUGCAACCAUUCAAGAUGCUUUUGUCAAGAGACUCUUUUUAUGUGAAGAAGAAGAAGAAGAAGAAAGUGGAACAGAGAUCUGUGCACAUUUUUGUUUCCUUGUUAGAAUGUUAAUUAGACCAAAUCAUGAAUGACUGUUAUUUGACCUUCUUAUAAUACAAAUUCAUGUCUCUUUUGCAUUAA